UCGGUGCGUGUGAGUGUGUGUAUCAGCUCGGUGCGUGUGAGUGUGUGUCGGUCGUAGCAGCCAUGCCGGCAGCGUACAAAGGCGAGUGUGGGGAUGAAGUGGACCCCAUGCCGUUCCUGGCUCCCCCAGAGAAGGAGCGCCUGGAGGCCAUGGCCAAGCACUACGACAUCAAACGCACCUGCUGGGUGAAGGACGAGAAGGAGGCCUUCGUGGGUGGGGAGAUCCAGUCUGAGGAGGGGGACAAAGUCACCGUGAAGACCGUCAAAAACACAACCCUGACAGUGAAGAGGGAAGAUAUCCAUCAGAUGAACCCUCCUAAGUUCUACCAGGCUAGCGACAUGGCGAACCUGACCUUCCUGAACGAGGCCAGCGUCAUGGACAACCUGAGGCAGCGCUACAUCCACAUGAGGAUCUACACGUACUCUGGGCUCUUCUGCGUCACCAUCAACCCGUACAAGUGGCUGCCUAUCUACGGCUCCAAGGUGGCCCACAUGUUCAAAGGGAAGAAACGCAAUGAAGUUCCUCCUCACCUCUUCUCCAUCUCAGACAACGCCUACCAUGACAUGAUGAUGGAGCAUGAAAACCAGUCUAUGCUGAUCACUGGAGAAUCUGGUGCCGGUAAGACUGAGAACACCAAGAAGGUCAUCCAGUACUUUGCUAAUGUCGGAGCAACUGGUAGCAAGACCGUGGACUCUAAGGGUUCCCUGGAGGACCAGAUCAUUCAGGCCAACCCUGUGCUCGAGGCAUUCGGGAACGCCAAGACCACCAGGAACAACAAUUCUUCACGCUUCUCCAUUGCCGUUAUUCACAGCCUUCGAUGUAUUAAAAUAGUGUGAACAUAAGGAGCAACUUGUGUGUGUGUGUCGUCAGAUCUGCUGGAGAUGUCUCGAGUGAUCUCCCAGCAGCAGGCAGCAGAAAGAGGAUACCACAUCUUCUACCAGCUGCUGUCUGGACGCAUGCCAGAACUCAUAGAGGCCCUGCUGCUGGUCCCAGACCCUAAACAGUAUGUGUGGGUGUGUCAGGGCGUCACUGUGGUCGACAACAUGGAUGAUGGCGAAGAACUGAUGCUCACCAACGAAGCCUUUGACGUGCUGGGCUUCACUCCUGAGGAGAAGAUGAGCCUGUACAAACUCACCGGGGGCAUCAUGCACUUUGGAAACAUGAAGUUCAAACAGAAGUCCAGAGAGGAGCAGGCUAGAUGUGAUUCUACUGAGGUGGCUGACAAGGUCUCCCACCUCAUGGGCAUCAACUCUGGGGAGCUCCAGAAAGGCAUCACCCGGCCCAGGGUAAAGGUGGGCAACGAGUUCGUGACCAAAGGUCAGAACCAGGAUCAGUGUGUGAACUCCAUCGGAGCGCUGGCCAAGGCUGUAUACGACCGCAUGUUCAAGUGGAUGGUCAUCCGCAUCAACAAGACUCUGGACACCAAGAUGCAGAGGCAGUACUUCAUAGGAGUGCUGGACAUCGCUGGCUUUGAGAUCUUCGAGUUCAACAGCUUUGAGCAGCUGUGCAUCAACUUCACUAAUGAGAAGAUGCAGCAGUUCUUCAACCACCACAUGUUCGUGCUGGAGCAGGAGGAGUACAAGAAGGAGGGCAUCGACUGGGUCUUCAUCGACUUCGGUCUGGACCUGCAGGCCUGCAUUGAGCUGCUGGAGAAGCCCAUGGGCAUCUUCUCCAUCCUGGAGGAGCAGUGUGUGUUCCCCAAGGCGACAGAGGCCAGCUUCAAGGCUGCUCUCUACGACAACCACCUGGGCAAGUCCAACAACUUCCUGAAGCCUAAACCAGGGAAGCGAGGAGCGGAUGCCCACUUUGAGCUGGUGCACUACGCAGGCAACGUGGGCUACAAUAUCAGCGGCUGGCUGGAGAAGAACAAGGACCCCCUGAACGAGACAGUGGUGGGCCUGUUCCAGAAGUCCUCCAUGAACCUGCUGGCUGUGAUCUUCAGAGAAGAGGAGAGCGCUGCAGGAACCAAGAAACAGAAGAAGGGAUCUGCCUUCCAGACUGUCUCCAACUUCUACAGGGAGCAGCUGAACAAGCUGAUGAGCACCUUGAGAAGCACGGCUCCUCACUUCGUACGCUGCAUCGUACCCAACGAGUACAAACAGUCUGGUGUGUGUGAUGCGCACCUGAUCCUACACCAACUGGCGUGUAACGGUGUGUUGGAGGGCAUCCGUAUCUGCAGGAAGGGCUUCCCCAACAGACUACAGUACCCAGAAUUCAAACAGAGGUAUUACAUCCUGAACCCCAACGUCAUCCCCAAGGGCUUUGUUGAUAACAAGAAGGCUUCAGAGCUCAUCCUGGGCUCCAUCGGCCUGGACGACAUGGAGUACCGCAUCGGCCACACCAAGGUGUUCUUCCGCGCGGGGGUUCUGGCCAAGCUGGAGGACCUGCGUGAUGAGCGCCUGGCCAAGAUCAUGACCAUGCUGCAGGCUCGCCUGCGGGGGUCACUUAUGAGGGCCGAGUUCAAGAAGAUGCUGGACAGACGAAUCGCACUGAUCGCCAUCCAGCGCAACGUGAGAAAGUUCCUCCAGCUCCGCUACUGGGGCUGGUGGAAACUCUACACUAAGGUGAAGCCCCUGCUGAACGUGGCCCGGCAGGAGGAUGCCUUCAAGGCCAAGGAGGAGGAGCUGAGGCUGGCGCAGGAGAAGGGCCAGGAGCAGGAGGGCAGGAUCAAAGAUCUGGAGGAGAAGCUGGCUACCCUGUCUCAAGAGAAGAACGACCUCGCCCUGGCCCUGGCUGCAGAGCAGGACAGCGCGGGCGAUGCAGAGGAGCGCUGCACCCAGCUGGUGCGGCAGAAGGGCCAGCUGGAGGAGGGGGUGCAGGAGCUGAGGGAGCGUCUGGAGGAGGAGGAGGGGAACGCGGCUGGCCUGGCGGCCCAGAGGAGGCAGCUGGAGGGGGAGGUGACCGAGCUGAAGAGGGACCUGGAGGCCCUGGAGUCCACGCUGGCCAAGAACGAGAAGGAGAAACAGUCUCUGGACUCGAAGGUGCGGUCUCUGAUAACAGAACUGGGACAGAAAGAAGACCUUGUUGCCAGGCUCCAGAAGGAGAAGAGAGCCCUGGAGGAACUGCAACAGAAAACUCUGGAUGACCUCCAAUCAGAGGAAGACAAAGUCAACCAUCUGACCAAGACCAACAGCAAGCUCACCACACAAGUGCACGAGCUGGAGGACACCUGGGAGCAGGAGAAGAGGAUCAGGGCGGAGGUGGAGAAGGCGAGGAGGAAGGCAGAGGGUGAUCUGAAGAUGACCUUGGAAAACCUCAAUGAGAUGGAGAGAGCUAAGCUCGACCUGGAGGAGGUCAUCAAGAAGAGAGACUUUGAGCUGAACAACAUGAACUCCAAGCUGGAGGAUGAGCUGUCACUCAGUACCAUGCUGGGGAGGAAACUGAAGGAGCAUCAGGGCCGCAUCGAGGAGCUGGAGGAAGAGCUGGAGGCUGAACGAGCCAUGAGAGCCAAGGUGGAGAAGCAGAGGGCGGAGCUGUCGCGGGAUCUUGAGGACCUCAGUGAUAGGCUGGAGGAGGCAGGUGGAGCCACGGUCUCCCAGAUUGAGCAGAACAGGAAGCGCGAGGGCGACCUGGUCAAGCUGAAGCGCGAGCUGGAGGAAGCAGCCCUCCAAUCAGAGGCCUCGGCCGCUGCGCUCAGGAAGAAGCAUUCUGAUUCGUUGGCGGAGCUUGGCGAGCAGCUGGAGAACCUGCAGAGGUUAAGAAUAAAACUGGAAAAGGACAAGCAGGGCAUGAAGGCUGAGAUAGAGGACUUGAACGUCACUGUGGAAACCACUCAGAAGGCUAAGCUGAACUCUGAAGUCCAUGUGAGGAAGCUGGAGGACUCUCUGGCAGAAGCGAAUGCUCGUCUGGCUGAACUGGAACGGAACCAGUCUGAGCUGAACACCAUCAAGACCCGCCUGUCUGCGGAGAAUGGGGAGAUGAGUCGUGAGCUGGAGGAGGCUCAGAGUAAGCUGACCCAGGUGACCAGGCUGAAGGCCUCACUCACCACUCAGACUGACGAGCUGAAGAGACAGGUGGACGAGGAGAGCAAGGCGCGUAACACGGCGGUGGUAGGUCUGGCGAACGCCCGGCACGACCUGGCCCUCCUGAAGGAGCAGCUGGAGGAGGAGUCAGAGGGCCGGGUGGAGAUGCAGCGCCUCGUCUCCAAGCUCAACUCUGAUGUCACUUCCUGGAGGACCAAGUACGAGACGGACGCCAUCCACCGCACUGAGGAGCUGGAGGAGACCAAGCGUAAGCUGGCAGUGCGUCUGCAGGAGGCUGAGGAGGCAGCAGAGUGUGCCCAGGCCAGAGCUGCCAGCCUGGAGAAGGUGAAGCAGAGGCUGCAGGGGGAGGUGGAGGACCUCACCAUCGACCUGGAGAAGUCCAACGCAGCAGCGGCUGCUCUGGAUAAGAAGCAGCGCUCGUUCGACAAGCUGGCGGCGGAGUGGAGCCAGAGGAACGAGGAGCUGCAGGUGGAGCUGGACAGCAGCCAGAAGGAGAGCAGGUCCUACAUGACGGAGCUCUACAAGCUGAGGACCGCCUACGAGGAGACCCAGGACCACCUGGAGACCGUCCGCAAGGACAACAAGACCCUGUCAGAGGAGAUCAAGGAGCUGGUGGAUCAGCUGGGAGAGGGCGGGCGCAGCGUUCACGAGCUGCAGAAGAGCCGGAAGAAGCUGGAGGUGGAGAAGGAGGAGCUGCAGCAGGCCCUGGAGGAGACGGAGGCUGCCCUGGAGGUGGAGGAAGGGAAGCUGGUGCGAGUGCAGCUGGAGCUGGCUCAGGUCAAGGCCGACAUUGACCGUAGGAUCCACGAGAAGGAGGAGGAGUUUGAGGUCACCAGGAAGAACCACGCGCGUGCAGUGGAGUCGCUGCAGGCCACCCUGGAGGCGGAGACAAAGGGGCGGGCGGAGGCCCUGAGGAUGAAGAAGAAGAUGGAGGGAGACUUGAACGAGAUGGAGAUCCAGCUGGAACACGCCAACAGGAACAACGUGGAGCUGGUCAAGACCCUCAAGAAGCUGCAGCAGCAGAUCAAAGACCUGCAGGUGCAGAUGGAUGAGGACGGCCGUCAGCACGAGGCGCUGCGGGAGCAGUACUGCCUGCAGGAGCGCCGCCUGUCCCUGCUGCACGGGGAGCUGGAGGAGGCUCGCGCCGGGCUGGAGGCCUCGGAGCGCGCUCGCAAGCUCAUCGAGCAGGACCUGGUGGAGACCUCAGAGAGGCUCAACGAGCUCAUCGUGCAGAAUCAGAGUCUGACAGUGAUCAGGAGGAAGAUGGAGGCAGAGCUAACUCGGCUCUGUAACGAGAACGAGGAGCUGAUCUCUGAGUUCCGCUCGGCUGACGAGAGAGCCAAGAAGGCUGUGAUCGAUGCCACACGGAUGUGUGAGGAGUUGCGUCAGGAGCAGGGCCGCAGCGCUCACCUGGAGAAGGUGAAGAAGAACCAGGAGCAGAACCUGCGGGAGCUCACCCUGAGGCUGGAGGAGGCAGAGCAGCAGGCGCUCAAGGCUGGCAAACGCACCAUCCAGAAACUGGAGGCCAGGGUCAGGGAAUGUGAGGGAGAGCUGGACCAGGAACAGAAGCGUCACGUGGAGACAGUGAAGGUGCUGCGGAAAGGAGAACGCCGUCUGAAGGAGCUGGUCUUCCAGACUGAUGAGGACCACAAGACCAACCAACGCAUGCAGGAGCUGGUGGAGAAGCUGCAGAACAAACUCAAGUCCUACAAGCGGCAGAUCGAGGAGUCGGAGGAACAGGCCAACUCCAGCCUGUCUAAGUACAGGAAGACGGUGCAUGAGCUGGACGACGCAGAGGAACGCGCCGGGAACGCAGAGAUGGCCCUCAACAAGCUGCGCACCCGCAACCGAGCCUCGGCCGGGAAGGGCUUCACCUCGGUGGAGAUCGUCCAGGUCACCAAGCCUGCCAAGGGAGGACAGGAGGAGUAGGCUCCUGAACACACACACACACACCAAUACCACAGAGUGACACACACCCAGCCCUCCUCACGUGGAUGUCCAGGCGCAGCAGCCAUCCCACCAUGCAGCAGCCAUCCCACCAUGCAGCAGCCAUCCCACCAUGCAGCAGCCAUCCCACCAUGCAGCAGCCAUCCCACCAUGCAGCAGCCAUCCCACCAUGCAGCAGCCAUCCCACCCAGGAAGUCUUACGACCACCGCCAGUCUUAAACAUCACUGAUAGUCUUAAUGUCAGAGAAUGUGCAUGUGUUUCUAUGUAUCCACUCUUAAGGUGAUGCUAUAGAUCUGUCUGUGUUUAUGUAUACGUGAGUGUGUGAGUGUGUGUGUGCGUGAGAGUGUGUGUCCUGGUGCCUCCACUAGAGGGGAGCGGGUAAAGCUGUGUUCUCACGUCAACGACAGAGAACCCACCUGUGUGUGUCACUACUGUGUGUGUAACACUAUGUGUGUGUGUACUGGCCUGCU